AUGCGCCUAGGAGUACCGCCAGGUUUCGAGGGGGUUCUUCCGCCCAAUAUCAUUCAACAGUUGAAGGAUCUCGAUUCGAGCAAUCUUUCAUUUCAGCAAAGACAUGAGCGGUUCGAGCAGAUUAUGUCGUCAGUACCGCCUGCUCUUCUCGCCAAACUACCUUUUCCACCAUUCUUCAACAACUUACCGGCGGACGUUCGUGCUAAACUAGAACAAAUUCAUCGCGAUCCAACGUUAACGUGGAGCCAACGUCACCAGAAGACCCACACCAUAUUUGAAUCGCUACCGCCUGAGCUCCGUCCCCGUCGGCCAGGACCACCUAGAGGAAUGGCGCGAGGCCGAGCAUGA